AAGAACUGUCAUUUAUAAAAUAAGAAGUUGUUUAUAAAAUGUCGAAUAAAGCAUCUAAUUUGAAAAUACAGCUGGGGAAUAUAAUCAUCGGUGGUGGAACACAUAAAGAACAAGCCGAAAAGUACCGCAAAACAUUGGACUGUAUUUUAAAAGAAACUGAGAACGAUUUGGUUGAAUGUUUGCAGAUAUUUAUUGAAGCCAUUGUUAACGAAAAUGUAAGUUUGGUUAUAUCCAGACAGAUUUUAAGCGAAAUAAGUACUCAGUUAAUGAAAUUGCCUGAUGAAGUUAGUAAAAUUGUGUCACAUUACAUGCUUGAAAAGGUGCAACCAAGAGUUAUUUCAUUUGAAGAGCAAGUCGCCAGUAUUCGACAACAUUUAUCUCAGAUAUAUGAAAGAAAUCAUUUAUGGAAAGAUGCUGCUUUGGUUUUAGUGGGUAUACCUUUGGAAACAGGACAAAAGCAAUACUCAGUGGACUACAAACUGGAAACCUACCUAAAAAUAGCCAGAUUAUAUCUCGAAGAUGAUGAUCCUGUUCAAGCUGAAGCCUUUAUCAACAGGGCUUCGUUAUUGCAGGCUGAAUCGACAGAUGAACAGCUUCAAAUCUACUAUAAAGUGUGCUAUGCAAGGGUUUUGGAUUAUCGUAGAAAGUUCAUUGAAGCUGCUCAGAGAUAUAAUGAGUUGAGUUAUAGGGUGAUUGUGAGAGAAGAGGAGAGAAUGAGGGCCCUUAGAAAUGCUCUGGUUUGCACAGUGCUGGCCUCUGCUGGUCAGCAGAGGUCCAGAAUGUUGGCAACACUUUUUAAGGACGAAAGAUGCCAACAAUUGCCCGCCGUUGGCAUAUUGGAAAAAAUGUAUCUGGAGCGCAUCAUACGCAGGGACGAACUCAGGGAUUUCGAGGCCCUCUUGUACCCCCAUCAAAAAGCCUCGACCAUCGACGGUUCCACGAUCUUGGACAGGGCCGUAAUCGAACACAAUUUACUGUCGGCCAGCAAAUUGUACAAUAACAUCAGUUUCGAGGAAUUGGGGGCCCUUCUUGAAAUUUCUCCCUCGAAAGCUGAAAAAAUCGCCAGCCAGAUGAUAACUGAAGGGAGGAUGAACGGGUACAUCGAUCAGAUUGAUUGUAUAGUUCAUUUUGAAACUCGUGAAACUUUGCCUCAAUGGGAUAAACAAAUUCAGUCAUUAUGUUAUCAAGUUAAUUCAAUUAUCGAUCAAAUAUCUGAUCAUCACCCUGACUGGAUUUUGAAAGUAAUGGAUGAACAAAUGGUAUCAUAAAAUAAAAACAAUUUUUACAAUUUAUGUGAUAUUCACUACUAAUAAUAAUAAAAAUUAAAUUAAG